AAGUUUUUCCCCCGCCCAGCGCCCAGACCGCCCGCCGCGGCCCGUCCCUCCGCGUUGCCAGGGUAGCGGCGCCGUGGAGCGGGGCAGGUCUUUGUGACUGGACACCAUGCCUCUUCCAGAAACCAUGUUCUGUGCCCAGCAGAUCAAAAUCCCUCCAGAGCUGCCCAACAUUCUGAAGCAAUUUACUAAAGCUGCUAUUAGGACUCAGCCUUACGAUGUUUUGCAGUGGGCAGCUGCGUAUUUUUCAGCCUUGUCUAAAGGUGAACCCCUUCCUGUGAAGGAGAGGAUCGAAAUGCCUUUAGCAACACAAAGAGAGAAAAAAGAUGCUGGUUUGACCCCAGGACUCCUUAAGGUCUUGCAUAAACAGCUUUCUUCCAAAGGCAUGGUGACCUUUGCAGAACUGAGGGAUAAAUGGAAGCAUUUGGGCUUGCCAGAGGAGCAGCUGGAAGCUAUCCUGCAACUGGACAGUUUUGGAGAGAAGGUGGAAUGGAUGAAGUUUCUGGCACUUGGGUGCAGCGUGCUUGGUGGGUCCUUACUGAGUUCAAUGAAACAGGCCUGCGAGAUCCUAACAAGAGACCCAGAAGGCGGAGCAGCUCGCAUUCCCUUCAAAACAUUCUCAUUCCUUUAUUCAUAUUUGGCCAGUAUUGAUGGAGAGAUAUCAGAGACAGAAACUAAAACAUUUCUCCAGGGAAUUAAAGAACAAGCGGACAAACACUCUGGCAUGGUGUUGAUCAGACACUUCCUGCCAUACUCCUUUGUAUUUUAUUGAUCAACCCUACUCUUCAGCAUGAGGUGAGAGGAAAAAAAAAAAAAAGGAAGGAAUAAAUAAAUUCAAUUAUUUGUGUUCAAAGUACUGUAAUUUGCACAUUUCAGAACAUGAUCCUCUUCUCUGGCAUUUCCUUUUCUUUGUCCUACUCUUGAGAUGGCUCUUCAGGAGAUGUUAAUUGAAUACAUGGUUAUGUUGUUCUCCUGCAUCUCAAAUAAUGAUGGCCACCCCUUCAUUCAUCUGCUUAUAUUGAGCAAAAAUUGUUUUGUUACUGAGCUUCCUACCUCCAUUUGAAAAAGUGAUUGUUAAGUAAAACAUGGAAUUCAGUUAAGCUGGGGCAGCUGUAACUGGAGCAUUUCUCAUUAUGUUUUUGGUAGCUUCUGACUUCAUUUUGACUCUGGCACAAAUAUGCUGGUCCUUGGACUGUCUUGUCUGCUGGACAUCCUCUAUUUAAACAAACUUUUUGUUUUACCAAGCCCUACUGAAAGAACUUAAUGAGCUGGUAGAACUGUGGUAGAGCUGGUAGACAAAACCAAUGCAAGGACUGCAAUGGUUCCAUAUUAUUUUCCUUCUAAUUAGAACCCUUUCAGAAUUUCAAUAUCUUUUUUCAUUUUUGGAUAAACUUGUGUAAAUAAAGAUGUUUUAAAAUAAAGCUUGUUUUAUGACAAAACAAAAGGAAAAGUUACUGCAUUUGUCACAUAGGUAAGGAAUACCUGACAGAGAGUUGUUUGGUUAGACUGCUGUAGCAGAAAGCUACAUAGAAGCCUAAAUCCAUCAAAACUAGACCAAAUAUUCAGUGACAGAUAAUCACACUUAAUUGCAGAAACAGCUGAAGUAUGAAAGUGGGUACUAAAGGCUACAGUAAAACUGGAAAGGUUCCCUUUCACCAAGAAGGCCACAACCAGGAGCAACAUAGAGUACUCUCUCCUGGCACAUUGAUCAAACAGAAGCAUUUUAAGGAAAGAUGGAUCUACAAGCUUGUUCUCUUGUAAUUGCUUACU